UGUUGCUAAAUUUUCUUCUUAAAACUGUUCAAAGUGAUAUUGCCCACAAAAGCCAAACAAGUUUCCCAUUUUACCAGUAAAAUUUCCCCCAAAAUUUCCCUCAGUUUCGCUCUCUUCCGGACUGAUUGGAUCUCACAUCCUCAUUCUUCAAUCCGGAAGAGACCCCAUAAAAUUAAUAAAAAAUCCUGCAACAGAAAUCCAAUUCUAGGGUUUUUGGUUCCUUCAAAUUGACUAAAGUUUGAAGCUUUCUUGAUAGAUUAAGCUUAUUUCAUCAUUUAGGGAUAUCGGUUCGUCUUAAGUUCGAAUUUAAGGGUCUUUUUUCGAUCGAAUUAUGGGGAAAACGAACUUUCUUAGACAAAGUUGAAACGUUUAGGGUUCUGUGUUUGUUCACUGAGAGCGCUUUUGGGCAGCCAAUGCAAUUUUUGGAUCGUAGUUUUGGAAAAUUUUCGGUCGUUUUUGAGAUACCGGGAAUAAAAUUAAAGCUCACUGAAGAAAUCAAUGUCUUGGGCAGGCCCAGAUGAUGUUUAUCUCUCUACUUCUCUUGCCAGUUACUUAGACAAGAAACUACUUGUAUUGCUUCGUGAUGGUCGAAAACUUAUGGGUACACUUUGUUCAUUUGAUCAAUUUGCCAAUGCCGUUCUUGAGAGUGCAUGUGAUAGAGUUAUUGUUGGUGACCUUUACUGCGACAUCCCAUUAGGUCUAUAUGUGAUCCGUGGGGAGAAUGUUGUUUUAAUUGGUGAGCUGGACUUGGAGAGGGAGGAGCUUCCUCCACACAUGACUCGCGUUUCAGUUGCAGAAAUUAGAAGGGCACAAAAAGCAGAGAGGGAGGCAUCAGAUCUCAAAGGUACAAUGAGGAAAAGAAUGGAGUUCCUGGAUUUGGACUAGCAUGUUGGCUUCCUGCACCUGAUGUUCCGCGAAUAUUAGGCGGUUGGCGGCGCAGGAGAAUCCAUUGACAGUGGAUAUUAACUCUCUCAAAUCUUUGAACAAUUUUCUAGAAGAAUGCCUGUUUUAUGAUUUGUCAUUUACUCUGUAGUACUGAUAUUGUUGGUUGAUAUAUAUCAAAUCGGUUUCUCUUUUCUGUUAUA